GCCCUGCUCCCUCUGUUAAAGGAGCAACCGCGACGAUGGCAGCCAAAGCUAUACCAAAGGACGUGGUCGUGAAGCUCAUCGUGGGCGCCGGUCAGGCCAGUCCUAGUCCUCCAGUCGGUCCAGCUCUGGGGAGUAAAGGUGUGAAAUCCAUGGAUUUCUGCAAGGAGUUCAAUGCGCGCACUGCACACAUCAAUGUUGGAACACCCAUACCCGCACGAGUCACUGUUCGGCCCGAUCGAUCGUUUACAUUCGACCUCAGAACCCCGGUGACGUCCUGGCUUCUCUUGCAGGCAGCCAAGGUGGAACCAAGAAAAGCUCGCAUCCGAGGCGGCGAGCGGCCAGGACAUGAGACUAUCGGGAACGUCUCGUUGAAACAUGUUUACGAGAUUGCAAAAAUAAAGCAAACGGAGCUUCGCCUAUCGGGCUUGAGCCUUCAGGGACUGUGUAUGAGCAUCAUAGCCCAGGCGAAGUCCAUUGGCAUCAAGGUGGUACCGUGA